AUGACCAUCUCAUACACUUUGGAGGUGGCAAAUGCCAGGUUUGCCGGAUUCUCCAAGCUGCUUUUCAGAUGGAAGGGAAGCAUAUACAAGUUACUCUACAAAGAAUUUUUAGUCUUCUGUGGACUCUACAGCUUUUUCAGUGUCAUUUACAGGUGUGCCCUGAGUCCAAAACAAAGAACAUUGUUUGAACAAACAGCCAUAUAUUGUGACAAGUUUGCAAAUCUCAUCCCCAUGUCUUUUGUACUUGGAUUCUAUGUCACCCUCGCAUUUAAUCGUUGGUGGGGUCAGUACACCAGUUUCCCACUUCCAGACAACUUGAUGAUGGUUGUAUCUGGAAAUGUGCAUGGGGCAGAUGAGAGAGGACGGCUACUGAGACGCACUUUGAUGAGAUACGCCAACCUGUCCUCAGUCCUCAUCCUCCGCUCUAUCAGCACGCGCGUACGUAAACGAUUCCCAACGCUCGAGCACAUAGUGGAGGCAGGAUUUAUGACCAAAGAGGAGAUGGAACUCCUGGAUCAUUUGUAUUCUGAUUUCAACAAGUACUGGAUGCCGCUAACCUGGUUCUCAAACUUGGCCUCACAAGCUCGGGAGGAGGGACGAGUGAAGGAUGACAUAGCCCUGAGGCUGCUUAUGGACGAGCUGAACAACUACAGAGCCAAGUGCAGCAUGUUAUUCCACUAUGACUGGAUCAGCAUUCCACUUGUUUACACUCAGGUGGUCACAUUGGCUGUGUACUCCUUCUUUACGUUCUGUCUGAUUGGACGACAGUUUCUGGAUCCGACUAAAGGUCAUAAGGAUCACACUGUAGAUCUGUAUGUCCCCAUUUUCACCCUGCUCCAGUUUUUCUUCUAUGCUGGAUGGCUUAAGGUAGGGGAAUUAAUUAUAAAUCCAUUUGGAGAGGAUGAUGAUGACUUUGAAACCAACCAGCUCAUUGAUCGGAACAUACAGGUCUCCAUGCUGGCAGUGGACGAUAUGCAUCAGAACCUUCCCACCAUAGAGAAGGACAAGUAUUGGGUGGAAAAGAGUUUCAUUUUACCUUAUACCACAGCCACUAUGGAUGAGACUCUAAAGCCUGCCUACAUGGGUUCCACUUAUGACAUGAGGCUCAUUGGAGAUGGGACAGAGGACACAAGUUCAGGUACACAGGGUCUGGGUCGCUACCUGCCUGUUAGCGUUUGGCCACCUGCAAAACGCGUCAAACAAAAACCCAAGGGCAGGGUCGUGCGAUUACUGAGUCGCUCUAAACGACGUUCAAAAUCUAAGUGUGUGCAGUCUGAGGUCAUGAAAGAAAAAAUCCCAGAGGAAAAGAUUUUGAACAUCUCCAAGCCACAGCUUGAGAAGAAGGAUGAAGAGCUCUCCCAGGAGAAACCUGAGAUCACCGUGACUGUGGACCACGUGGAUGAGGAUGAGCAGUCACUCGUGGAAUAA